UUCGGUAUUAGCUAUUAUUUACUUAUGCAUGCUGGAAAAGAAACUGCUUAAAAAAAAUAUAUAUUGUUGGACUAUGUACAAAUAAUAUCCAUUCGUCAUUUUUGUAAUUAUAUUACAUAUAAACUGAUAAUAUAUCUUGGUAUGGGCUCCAUAAUUGGGCAUUUGGACCUUGAACCCUGUGUACAAAUUCACUUUCGCCAUUUUUGUCGCUCUUCGAGAAGCCCACCCCCCUCAGCAUCUUCACAGGAGAGAAUAUAUUACAGCCAGUUGUUUCAGUGAAUAGGCCUCCACUAAAUAGCGGCCGCGCCGAGACACACAGGUUGGUGGGGGGAUCGGGACACACAACACUGAAGAUGGCUUCACCGAGGACGAUAACAAUUGUGGCCCUCUCUUUUGCUCUUGGUCUUUUUUUCGUCUUCAUGGGCACUAUAAAGCUCACACCAAGAUUAAGCAAAGAUGCGUACAGUGAGAUGAAAAGGGCAUACAAAAGCUACGCAAAGGCCUUGCCAGGCCUAAAGAAGAUGGGUAUCAGUUCGGUGCUGCUCCGUAAGAUCGUUGGCUCACUAGAGGUGGGCUGUGGUGUGGUUCUGACGUUGGUGCCAGGGAGACCCAAGGAUGUGGCUAACUUCCUGCUCUUGCUGGUCAUGCUGGCGGUCCUUUUCUUCCACCAGCUAGUAGGAGACCCCCUGAAACGAUACGCUCAUGCUCUGGUCUUUGGCAUUCUGCUCACCUGCCGACUGCUCAUUGCCCGCCAGAGUGAGGACCGGCCUGAGAGGGAGGAGAGCAGGGAACAACACAUCAAUGUCCAGGAAAAGAACAAAGUCAAGCAGUCCUAAUCCAGCCCAAUCGUCUAGUCUGGGCAGAGCAACAGCAAAAUGGAAACUUGUGUAUUUCUUUGGAUUGUAGCAAUUCUGAUUCAAAAGAAACACAGUCGCUAUUAACAAGUGAUAUUUUUAUGUUUCUUUUUGACACAAAUACCUAUUUGAGUGACUUUGUUGGCUUUGAGACUGCUAAUGUUUUCCGCUAUUGAAGAUGGGUACUUUUCUAUUUUUUACAUUUUAGCUAGAAAGCUAAUGAUAUCCCUCGAAUUCAAUUGUUAUUUUACAACAAUUAAGCAUAGUUCAUAUUAAAUGGCUUAAAACAAACUCAUAUCCUAUCACCACUGUUCAAGAUAUAUUGUUGGUGAAUAUUGACUCACAUUUAUUUAAAUAUAAUACACAGUAUCACAUAUUUCCAUUGGUAUUAGUAAAAUAAGAAUAAUUUCAGUGAAUUCAGAUUACUUUCCGUUAAAGCUUUUACCUGUUCAUUCGAUUUUCUUGUAAGUAUUCCUAUGCAUGAAAAUGUACCCCUCAUCGCAAAUUGAUGAAUCACUUUGUUGCACCCAACACUUUUGUUCAAGAACUCAUAAUGGAGGAGAGCAUUUUGCUAGCAAUUAUGUACAUACAUAAUAUGUCUAUGGUUGCUAGCCUAGUGCUGUCUCUAUGUCUCUGGAACACAGUCAGUAGUCCAGCUACUUUGUCAAAUGCUGUGUCAAUUGACAUGUCCAAUAAAGGACUUGAUAUUAGUCUCUUAAUAAAGGACUGUCUCUCUUUACAUCCAGUGACAACAAAGGCUUAUGUUUAUCUGUGAGUCUAUUUUGCGCUUGGAUUUUUUAAAACAGUAUUCUGUUGAAUUACUAUCUUAGAUAAGUAUUCAUAUGAGUAUUAACAUUACCACUGGGUUCUUCUUGUAAUGUAAAUGUAUUUGACUCAUAUAUAAGUGGUGCUACCUUCUGUAAUGAUGAGUAGAUAAAGGGAGGUUUUUAGUCAGAUGAGCAGUUGUUCAGUUGGUCUUUAACAUUCACAAUACUUCUGUAAAACAAGAUGAGCUAAAUAAAAAAAAAUGUACAGGUG